AUGGCUUCCUCGUCUUCAUCUACGCCUCUGCUCUACGCAUGCAUAGCCCACAACACCACCGUCCUGACCGAGCACACCGCGUCCGCCUCCUCCAACGCCAGCUCCCUCGUCUCGCUCGUCCUCCCCAAAUUGACGCACACGUCGUCGGCCCACAAGACAAUCGACCAAUCCAAAUUCUUCAUCCACGUCGUCACAAAAUCGCCCUCGGACUUCCCCACCGCGCAAGCCAGCGCAGGCGGGCUCACCUUCCUCGUCAUUGCCGAGCGCGACCUCGGCCAGCGCAUACCCUUCGGCUUCUUGACCAAUCUCGAGAAGAGGUUCUUCACCGAGUUCGACACAGAGACGACCAACUUUGCCGAUCUGCCGCCGUACGGGUGCGCGAGCUUCAAUGGCGCGCUGAAGAGGUUGAUGGUUGAGCAGGGCGCUACGCAGGCGGGGCAGGCCGAUGCGCUGAGGACCGCGCAGCGAGAGAUUGAGGGUGUGAGGGAGAUUAUGACGGAGAACAUCGAGCGGGUGCUGGAGAGGGGGGAGCACAUGAGCGUGCUUGUUGACAAGACAGGGCGAUUGGGGGACAAUGCAAGGGACUUCAGGGUCAGGUCCCGGACGCUGAAGAGGAGGAUGUGGUGGAAGAACGUCAAGCUGAUGGUGCUGUUGUGUUUGGUCAUCAUCUUCCUGAUCUACCUGUUCGUUGGCUUUGGAUGCGGACUCCCCGCAUGGGGCAGGUGCCUACACCACUGA